CUCACCGUCUGUAAGGACAAAAACUCCUGCUCAAAUCUGCACCUGCCAUCGCUAUGAGAGGAAAGGAACUGCUUUCUGAGUUUUUGCUUUUACUUAUCUUUUUGAAAGAAGUGUCUGGAUUAAAGAUUCGGAACAAGCUUCUGGGCAAAUGCCUGCAGGUGCAAGAAGGAGCAACAGGAGGUCAGGCUUCACUUGGAGAGUGCAGGCCAGGCUCGUCUGUCCAGGAAUGGCGCUGGCUCCCAAAAGUCCAGGCGCUCAGCAGCCUCCACACCGGAGAAUGUCUGACUGCGCCGACGGAGGAGCAAGAAGGCAUUGUUUUGCGGCCCUGCAUUUUCAAAGACAGAGCUGGUGGCGAGGAUGUGGAAAGAGAGGUGAGAGGUCAGGCUUGGACUUGCACAAAGAAAGGCCACAUAACUCUGAUAGAGAACAGGCUUCACUUGAGUGCCUCAAAGGAUUCCACUCUGGUUUUUCUGCUGAGGGAACAUAAACAGCAGGGCAGCAAGUGGCGAGCUCUCCACAACCAAACGUUGUGCAACGGGAGAGACACUGAAGAAAACCCAAACCAACUUUAUCAUCACGUGGAGGGGAAAAAAACAAACAUUUCUGAAAGCCCUUUAUCAGAAAGACACAUGCAGGUGAAAACAUAUGAAGGUAUUUUGGACUCUGAAUGGACAGAAGCUUAUUCUGUAAAGGACGUGACGAUUCCUUUUUCUUUAAUCACCAAAUCUCCUGCAGAUCCUACUAUGGUUUUUUUCACUAUGGACUAUGGAAUGGGAUGGAAGAUAACCAUGUUGGUGUUGAGCUCCAUGGCUCUGGUCCUAGGAGCUAUAAUUCUCAUCCUCAAUGUGUACUCCAACAGGAGGAGAAAAGUGGUUUGUGUCUUGAAGUCGUACACUCCCACACCAGAGAUGAGCAUUCCUGGAUCGCCAGCGCCCAAUGAAAGAGCCGCCCUGACCGAGCAUGCGAUGCACUUUCCACACUCCUCGCCAAGCCUGCCACGGGGGGAAAUCUUGAUAGAGUGGAAGGAUGGCACUGUCACGCCACUAUAUGAGGCCUGAAAGCCUCCACCGCUGAUGUAGAUUGAGAGCUUCGUUGUUUUUCUGUCAGUGACUCUGGUGCAGAGUUAGAUUUGUUACUUGCUGGUUAUGUUUGAAUGGGAGUAUAUUGUGACGGGAUAGAUACCAAGAAAAAUAAAGCAAUGUAGUCCGAGUGUGUUGCUGGCACCUUUAAAGAUGUCCUGUAGAUUGUUUUGCAACCUACAGCAGUACACAUGUAGGGCUCAGAUAGAAGAUUGUCUUUAAGGAACUGGAAGAUGAAAAGCUUUGUGUAGUUGUCAUACAUUUGAGCUCACACUAAAAUUUGGGCUAUGGAUAAAAACAUAGUAAGGAUGACUAACUGGAAAAUUGCAAAAUAAUGAUUUGGGGUAUAAUAUGCCUUUUAGUUUCUUAUGAAAUCAUAUUCAUGAUGUUGAUUUGUACUGUUUAUGUAAAAGAUGACAUUGUCUGUUGUGUGUCAAGGCAUAAUAAAAAAUGAUGAAGUCUUCA